GACCGGACCGUGACCUAUGACGAAGCCUCAUGUAUACUUGUACAUGUGGUUGAACUAGACGUACGUAAGAACUCGCACGUAUAGUAGCCAUGUACAUGUACAUGUACCUAACCUGUGCAAUAAAACAUUAUAAGCACUUGCAAGGCCGUUUGCUCAAUAUUCCCAAGGACUUAGCGCGCGCUGCGAGACGUCCUGUUUGGCAAUGCUGACCGCGUCUGUGCUUGCGGCCGUUCACAACUUGGGAAUUCGUUACACGUGUUCAACCCUAAACUACAGGGGCACUAUACAAGACAGUGACAUGCUACAGUGCAUGCAGUCUAGUCGCGAAUAAAUAGUGAACUUGGGGAUGUUUAUAUGGCUUGACCAUGCAGUACGUUGUGUGAAUUGAGUGAAGACAACGCACAGCAUGUUUGCUACUGGACGAGGAAGUUAGAUUCAAACAGCAAUGCUGCUCUCCGCUUCAAACAGCAACGCUGACGCAAUUUCUACCAAGUCCAUGUCUUUAUAACAGCACAGCAGAUAUCAACGCCGUACGGUGUGCAUCACAUGACAUGUACAUGUACAUGUGCGCCCUCCGUGAUCUUUAAAACUGUAGCCCAUGGUACAAGUACAUGUAGUAAGUGUACAGACUGCAGUUCAUUAUGAGCAAUGUCUCGGGCCGGGCGAUGUAUGCUCUGCUGUAUGGCCGUUGUGGCCGUGACCGUGCUGGUUAGUAUUCAACGCUUGGGUCUUCCGGCUAGUAUAAAAGAGCCCAUUUCAAUGAACAAGCUACUAGCUAAGCGAGGGAAGGACCUGUCACAGGAACACAAAGGAACUCGUGAAUCGUGCAAUAACCGGACUUGCUUAUGGGAAAAAGAGCAGUUGUACCGCAAGGGUUUGGCGUGGGAUAUGUGCAGUGCGCUCCAUGCCCAUGGGGCGGACACCCACCACCACCAUCCGCCAUUACGGUACCGUCUGGACGAGUCAAGGAACAAGACCAAACUGGCUUCCAUGCUCGAGCACUUCCUAGUCAUAGACUCUCUCAAGUUGAUUUAUUGCUUUAUACCAAAGGUGGGCUGUACGAGCUGGAAGCGUCUGUUCCUUGUCAUGAGCGGCAAAUACGAUUCCAUGGAAGAUAUAGGGCAGAGGGAAACACACAUUCUCGCGUUGAGAACGUUCCGUACGCUGGCCAGCUACACCGUCGCUGAAGCGGAGGAACUGUUAGCAACUUACAGGAAAUUCGUCAUCGUGCGGAACCCUUACGAGAGGGUACUUUCGGCGUACCAGGAUAAAUUUCAGGAGGACUACCCUGCGAGUCGAGUAACCAGGAAGCAGUACAGCGAGAAGAUCCUUCGAAUGACCGGUGGCUCGCCUGAAAAUGUCCAGAAACUGUUGCAAUCCCAGCGCAGGAAAGACGGCACGCUAAACGUCACUUUCUCGCAGUUCGUGAGAUUCUUGUCGCGUCUCGGCGGUCCGAAGACCCGGCAGUAUAUGAACGAUCACUGGAAACCGAUGAAUCUGAUUUGUCAUCCGUGCCUCGUCGACUACGACUGGAUCGGACACUACGACUCUUUACGGACCGACGCCGAUUUCAUUCUAACAGCCGUCGGGGCCGACCCCCAAUUCCGAUUCCCGAAUUUCACUACAAACCCCACGGGAAGUUCCAAUGGGGACACGCUGCUUCGAUACUAUUCCACUCUUACCACCGCGGAAAUAGAGGACCUGUACAAAUACUUGGAGUUAGAUUUUAGUCUCUUCGGAUUUGAUAUACCGCCGAGUAUACGGAGCUUACUCAACAACAGAGGGCGUGCUAACGAUUACACCACCAAUGAUCAGACACAUCUUCCGGUAACUUAAAGCUAGUUUACUGU